UAUCGAUGUUUUCCAGCAACUUAGUCAGUUACUCAGCACUUGUAUUUAGUGUUGUGCAUUCCCUUUGAAACUUGUGGCUGACGACGCAAGAGCGUGGCGUUGAACGUUCGCCAGUUUUAAAUAAAUUUCAGCCUAGUUCGUAGCCACAAAGCCAGCCAGUCAUGUCGCGCAGAAAGGACAACGAGGAGACAGACAAGCAGACGCGUAUUGCCAUCGUCAGCGAUGACAAAUGCAAACCGAAGCGUUGUCGGCAGGAGUGCAAGAAGUCAUGUCCAGUCGUGCGCAUGGGCAAGCUCUGCAUCGAAGUGACGCCCACCUCGAAGAUAGCUUCAUUGUCCGAGGAGCUCUGCAUCGGUUGCGGUAUCUGUGUCAAGAAAUGUCCAUUUGAGGCUAUCACAAUCAUCAACUUACCCAGCAACUUGGAUAAGCACACAACGCAUCGUUAUAGCAAAAACUCGUUCAAGCUUCAUCGCCUGCCCAUUCCCCGACCUGGUGAAGUUCUUGGUUUGGUUGGUCAGAACGGUAUUGGCAAAUCCACGGCGUUAAAGAUUUUAGCCGGUAAGCAGAAGCCUAACUUGGGUAAAUAUGCCAAUCCCCCCGACUGGACGGAAAUUCUUGCUUAUUUCCGUGGAUCGGAAUUGCAAAACUACUUUACCAAGAUAUUGGAGGACAACUUAAAGGCUUUGGUUAAGCCUCAGUAUGUCGAUCAGAUCCCCAAGGCGGUGCGGGGCGCUGUUGGUGAGUUGCUUGACAAGAAGGAUGAGCGUGAUCUGCAGACGAAAAUCUGUGACAUGUUGGAUUUGUCACAUAUUCGAGAUCGUGAGAUUUCGCAGUUGUCUGGUGGAGAAUUGCAGCGUUUCGCCAUUGCUAUGGUCUGCAUACAGAACGCGGAUAUCUUCAUGUUCGACGAGCCGUCCUCGUAUCUGGAUGUGAAGCAGCGCUUGAACGCUGCCUUAACCAUUCGUUCAUUGCUGCAUCCUACCAAAUUCAUUAUUGUUGUGGAACACGAUUUAUCUGUGCUCGAUUAUUUGUCAGAUUUCAUCUGCUGUCUUUAUGGCGUGCCUGGCUGCUAUGGCGUUGUCACUAUGCCCUUCUCUGUACGUGAAGGUAUAAACAUUUUCCUCGACGGCUUCGUGCCCACGGAGAACAUGCGUUUCCGUACCGAAUCCCUCACGUUUAAGGUAUCAGAGUCGGCCACUGAGGAGGAAAUCAAACGUAUGAAUCAUUACGUUUAUCCAUCCAUGGUGAAAACUCUAGGCAAAUUCGAGUUGACGGUAGAGAAGGGUCACUUUAGUGACUCGGAGAUUUUGGUGCUGCUCGGAGAAAAUGGUACCGGCAAGACCACGUUCAUUCGAAUGCUGGCUGGUAAUCUGCAACCGGAUGGAGAAGUAGAGCUACCCAUGCUGAACAUCUCGUACAAACCGCAAAAAAUUUCACCAAAAUUCCAAAAUCAUGUGCGCCAUCUGCUGCACGACAAGAUUCGCGAUGCUUACGUGCAUCCACAGUUUAUUGCGGACGUGAUGAAACCAAUGAAAAUUGAGGAGAUCAUGGAUCAAGAGGUGCAGAAUCUUUCCGGUGGUGAAUUGCAACGUGUCGCUUUGGUACUCUGCUUAGGCAAGCCAGCUGAUGUUUAUCUGAUUGAUGAACCCUCUGCGUACUUGGAUUCCGAGCAGCGUCUGGUCGCUGCCAAGGUUAUUAAGCGCUACAUUUUGCACGCCAAGAAGACCGGAUUUGUGGUGGAACACGAUUUCAUUAUGGCUACCUACCUAGCGGAUCGUGUGAUUGUUAUUGAGGGUCAACCGUCGGUGAAGACCACCGCAUAUUCACCGCAAUCGCUGCUAAAUGGCAUGAAUCGCUUCCUCGAACUGCUGGGCAUUACUUUCCGUCGCGAUCCCAACAAUUUUAGACCGCGAAUCAACAAGAACAACUCGGUCAAAGAUACGGAACAGAAACGAUCUGGUCAGUUCUUCUUCUUGGAAGAUGAAUUUUCGGGUUAAAAUUUGUAAUUUUAUGAAUGCCGUCAGCGUUUGUUGGAUAACUCGUAUUUUUCAUUCGUUUAAUUGCUCCUGCGUUUCUUUCU